AUGUCCGACGAAAUAGAAAGUGCCAAACGUCAAAGAACAAGUGCUAAGAGCAAAUUUACUAGGAAGUUAAAGGAAUUUCUAAGAGCUAUUGCUGAAGAUAAGAGACUUGAGAUUGUAGAUAGAACCUAUGUAGAGCUAAAAGAGUCGUGGAAAAAUGUGGAAAGCAAACACGAUAUGUAUGUUGCACUCAUCGAAGAUAAGGACUGCGAGCACGAAGAGACUUGGAUUGAGGAGCUGCAAAGGAGCUUUGGUGACGCAAUGGAAAAGGAGGUAAGCAAUGUCCAAAGUAAAGCAGCAGCUGGUAAAAAGGCUUUGGAUGAAGAAAGACUUCAAGAGACAGCUAAGAAAGACCAGGAAAAAAUGGAAAAAAUGGUUCAGCAGAUGACAAUAAAGAAGAAAACUAGUGAAAUUGUUUUUCAGCAGUUAGUAGAGGAUGUGAAACCAGUAUUGGAAGUGGAUUGUAUUACGGCUGCUCUAAAAAAAGCUCAGGAAGGAUUAGAUGCAGCAGUGGCCGACUGCAAGGAAGCUAAUGAUAAAUACCUUGAACUGCUCGAUAAGGACAAAGCAGAUGCAGAACUUAAUUGGAUGAAAAAUAUUCAAAGGCAGUAUAAUGCCAUAACAUCAAGAAUUGCAGUCGGUAUUGCGAAGGAACAGGAGAAACUAAAGAAGCUAGAAUCAACAAGUAAAAGUAAGGAAUCGUGUAACCUCAGACUGAAAAUGCCAACAUAUCCACGCUUUAAGAAAGACUUCGAGCAGCAAGUAUUACCAGGACUGCCUAAAGAGUCUGCACCUUAUGCCUUGAGAUCAUGUCUCGGCAGAGAACCUCUCAGUAUUGUAAGAAGUGUAGAGGACGACAUAGAAGAGAUGUUAAAGAGUUUAGAUGAAAAGUAUGGGAUCUCCAGCGAAGAUUGCGGACGUAGUUAUUGAGAGCAUUAAAGAGGUAAAAGUCAUAAAAGAAGGAGAACAUAAGAGAUUUAUCAACUUUGUUAAUAUUGUAGAAGAUGCUUAUCAAGAUUUGCGAAGACUCGGUCUAGGAAAGGAGAUCACUACUACUUGCUCUGUGAGCAUAAUAGAGAAGAAAUUGCCAAACGAUGUGCGAAAGGAGUUGACCAAGCUAGUCAACUUUGAUACAAGCGAAUUGGACAAGAGAGAUAAAUUUCCAAGCCUCCUGAAAUUUCUGCUUAAUUGUAAGAGAGCAAUUGAGUAUAAUUCCAGCAACUUACGAAGCAAUACUUCAUAUGCUGGAACAAUCAACCUUACUGCAAGUGAGAAAUUAGAGGAAGAUGGCCAAUAG